CAUCAAGCCCAGCUUGGGCAAAAUAUGUUGUCUGUAUGCAGUUGCAGAGAGACGCAACAUAACACAACACAACACACAGGCAAAGAGAGAGAAGGAGAAAGAGAAAGAGAAAGAGAGACGGGUCUAACUUCCAACGAGUGUUCAUAUUCUUCUUUUCAGUUCACUACGCUUCCUUCUUCCCUUUCCCUCUUCUCCGUUACCCCUUCCCCCAUUCACAUUGUAAUCACAUUUUCUCACCCCGCUUUACCAAAAAAAGAGAAAGAAAGAAGAAACAAGAUAAAGCUUUCCAUUGGAUCACGUCACCCACCUUUGCUUUUGCUCUCUUCUGCCUCUAAAUUGAGCAUUUCCGACUUCUAUUGUCCUCUGAUCGAAUUGGGUAUUUGCAAGAUCUGCGGCUUCAAUUGUUGGGGGCAAAAAGUUUUGAUCUUGGUGGUGGACCAACCCAAUUACCGGUUUGGAUCCGAUCGGGGUAGAAACAGCGCCAUCAGAUGGCGCUGUUCAGAAGGUUCUUCUACCGGAAGCCGCCGGAUCGGCUUCUGGAGAUUUCCGAGAGAGUUUAUGUUUUUGAUUGUUGCUUCUCCCCGGAUGUCUUGGAAGAAGAUGAAUAUAGAGUUUAUAUGGGGGGGAUUGUGGCUCAGCUACAGGAUUACUUUCCAGAUGCUUCUUUCAUGGUAUUCAACUUCAGAGAAGGGGAGAGACGCGGCCAAAUCUCAGACAUACUUUCUCAGUAUGACAUGACAGUUAUGGAGUACCCUCGGCAGUAUGAGGGUUGUCCUGUUCUGCCGUUAGAGAUGAUCCAUCACUUCCUUCGAUCAAGUGAAAGCUGGUUGUCUCUGGAGGGGCAACAAAAUGUGCUUUUGAUGCAUUGUGAAAGGGGAGGUUGGCCCGUGCUGGCAUUUAUGCUAGCAGGUCUUCUGUUAUACCGGAAACAGUACAGCGGGGAGCAAAAGACUCUUGAAAUGGUCUACAAGCAAGCUCCAAAAGAACUACUACACAUUUUGUGUCCUUUGAAUCCACAAGCUUCCCAUUUAAGAUAUCUUCAGUAUAUUUCCAGGAGAAGUUUGGGCGCUGAAUGGCCACCAUCGGAAACACCCUUAUUUUUGGAUUGUCUGAUUCUUAGAGUCCUUCCAAUAUUUGACGAUGGAAAAGGUUGCAGGCCCGUUGUACGUGUUUAUGGUCAAGACCCUUCAAUUUCUGCCACUAGAAGUUCAAAGCUUCUUUUUUCAACUUCACAAUCCAAAAAACAUGUUCGCCACUACCUACAGGCAGAGUGUAUGCUCGUGAAAAUUGACUUGCGUUGUCGUGUUCAAGGGGAUGUGGUUCUUGAGUGCAUACAUUUAAGUGAUGAUUUUGUUCGUGAGGAAUUGAUGUUUAGAGUUAUGUUUCAUACUGCAUUUGUGCGGUCAAAUAUUUUGAUGCUGAACCGUGAUGAAAUUGAUAUUUUGUGGGAGGCAAAGGACCUAUUUCCCAAGGACUUCAAAGCAGAGGUGCUUUUUUUGGACGCUGAUGCUGUUAUACCUGAUCUAACCACAGUCACGGUGAGUGAAGAUGCAAAUGAGAUUGAGAGUGCUGAGACAGAAAGUGCUUCACCUGAUGAGUUCUAUGAAGUAGAAGAGAUCUUCAGCAGUGUAAUUGAUGCACAAGAAGGUAAGACAGAGUAUUAUUCUCAGGCUUUCCAUGAAAAUGCUGUGAAUGAUGAAACUCAUAAAGAGGUCUGGAGGCAUAAGUCUGAUCCUAAUAAUUUUGAGGAUUGUCCACCAGAUGACAAGAUCACCAAGCAGGUUUACAAGAUGGAUCCUGGUAUCAAUACUGUGAAAGACAUCUCUAUUGAUGAUGCUCACUAUAACUAUAAAUUUGAUGGGAGCGUAGAUUCAGACCCUCAUGCAGUGAAGGACAUUGCUGUGGAUGAUGGAGAAAUUAAGUCACCUUCCACUGCAGUUGUUUCUGAUAUGAUGAAACCUCCUCUGGAAACAAAGGAAGUUACCAUGCAUGUGCAACAGGAAUUUGCAGUCACUGAAAAUGAAUAUGAUGAAGAUAAGGAGGUAACAGAGAAGGAGCCAGACUCCAAGGCUGGGAACCAGAUGCCUGAUUUGGCUGAACAAAAAUAUGGGAAAGUACUUCCAUCUACUGCCAAGAAACAACCUCCAUCCAACUCGAAGCCAGUUGGAGAUACAGUUGCAGCAAAGCAAAAGACUAAACAGCAAGAAACCCAUGGUUUUCAGGCAAAACAAGCUAAGCCAAAUGCAGUAACUAGAUGGAUUCCUUCUAACAAGGGUUCUUAUACAAAUUCAAUGCACGUCUAUUAUCCACCAUCAAGGAAUAAUAGUGCACCAGCUGCACUGAUAAAUUUGUCUUCCACAAAAGAGAAAAUGGAAGAUGCCAAAACAAGAUCCUUAUCUGCUCCUGUUGUUUCUGCAGUUGUUGCUUCUAUUGACAAAACAAAUGACCUAAAAAGCCGGAAGGUGGCCUCUUCAAAAUCUUCUGGCUAUAUAGCAGCAGAAAUAGAUGAAAAAGGUCUACCAUCACCAUUGUCAUCAAUUAAAGAGACAUCUUUUCAGUCAGAUACUCCAGCGCAAGAGCAGAGCUCAGAACAACUGCUACAUCCUUCCUCACCUCCUCCCCUUCCCCCUCCAGCUCACAGUAGAGUCUCUUCUCAAGUUUUUGAAUCCUCAUCAUUAAAGGACGGUGUAUCAGCUCAAGGCUCUCCAUCUCCUGUAGUAUCACCAUCUUCUUUGGGUGGGAAAGGGCCCCUCAUGCCACCACCACCACCACCUCCUCCACCACCACCAUUUCAACCUUCAACUUUAACAACAUUUAUGAGACCACCUGAAACUUCUCUUCCUUUCUCUCCACCCCCACCACCACCCCCGCCCCCCUUUUUUGGGGAAAAUGUAGGGAGCUUAGUACCUUUCCCAUCCCCUAGGAAAUCUGUGGCUUCAUCAAUAGUUGAAGAGACUAGUGUAUCUUUAACACUUCCUACAACCCCUCUUCCAUUUGCAAGCAUCGAUGUUACACUGGAUGUUUCUCAAGUGGUUACUGCAGUGAUCCCUUCACAGCCUCCUCCACCGCCACCACCUCCAAGGUAUGAAGUUUCAUCCAUUCCUCCUUUGACACCAUUAGCAUCACCUCUUCCAAAGAAUGAAAUUCCGUCGGUUCCCCCUCCUCCCAUGUUUCCUACAGCUUCAACAAAUAGGGCUCCACCUCCUCCACCUCCUCCACCCCCUCCUCCCCCAACACCCCCAUUUGCAUCAUAUAAAGGUUCACCUCCACCAGCAACCCCACCUCCAACUCAACCCCUUUCUCCGCCUCCCCCUCCCCCUCCCCCUCCCCUAGCCAAUUCACAUAUAUAUUCAGCUACACCACCUAUACCUCCCCCUCCACCACCUUUAGCUAAUUCACACAUAUAUUCAACUUCACCACCUAUACCUCCGCCACCACCUCCUCCUCCUUUUGGUACAACUUCAUUACCUCCCUCUCCACCUCCUUUCAAUAGUCCUCCUCCACCACCACCACCACCUCCUUUUAGUCAAGCUCCACCACCACCACCUCCACCCACACCUCCUCCUCUAUCAAGUGUGGCCCCGCCUCCACCUCCUCCAAUGUAUAAAGCCGCACCUCCCCCGCCACCACCUCUUCCUCCAUCAAAUGGAGCCCCACCUCCUCCACCACCACCUCUUCCUCCAUCAAAUGGAGCCCCACCUCCACCGCCACCUCCACCACCUCUUCCUCCAUCAAGUGGAGCCCCACCACCCCCUCCACCUCCAAUGUAUGGAGCACCACCUCCACCACCACCUCCACCGAUGUAUGGCACACCACCUCCACCACCUCCUCCUCCAGGCGGUCAAGGACCACCUCCCCCACCUCCUCCUCCAGGCGGUCAAGGACCACCUCCCCCACCUCCUCCAAUGUAUGGAGCACCACCUCCUCCACCUCCUCCAAUGUAUGGAGCACCACCUCCUCCACCUCCUCCCAUGUAUGGAACACCCGCUCCUCCACCCCCUCCAUCGUAUGGAGCACCACCACCUCCUGGUGGUCGAGGACCACCUCCUCCUCCUCCCCCAAUGUUUGGAGCACCACCUCCACCUCCUGGUGGUAGAGGACCACCUCCUCCUCCCCCCCCAAUGUUUGGAGCACCACCUCCACCUCCUGGUGGUAGAGGACCACCUCCUCCACCUCCUCCUGGUGGUCGAGGUCCUCCACCUCCCCCAGGUGUUCCUGGUGCUCCUGCACCUCCUGGGGGUGGACCUCCGCCACCUCCGCCAUUUGGUGCAAAAGGUGCAAAUGCUAGAGUUGAUCCAAGAGGGGGAGGACGUGGGAUUGGGCGCCCUACAGGGCCUGCAGCCCGUAAAUCCUCUUUAAAGCCUUUACAUUGGAGCAAGGUUACAAGGGCACUACAAGGAAGUUUAUGGGAAGAAUUACAAAGACAUGGAGAACCACAAAUUGCACCAGAGUUCGAUUUUUCAGAGCUAGAGAAGCUUUUCUCCUUAAAUGUUCCAAAACCUGCUGAUGCUGGAAAAUCUGGAGGGAAGGGCAAAUCUGCUGGAUCUAAAACUGACAGAGUCACCUUGGUUGAUCUAAGGAGGGCUAAUAAUACUGAAAUUAUGCUCACUAAGGUUAAGAUGCCACUUCCCGAUAUGAUGGCUGCAGUACUGGCUUUGGACGAGUCAGUAUUAGAUGUUGAUCAAGUGGAAAAUCUUAUUAAGUUUUGUCCUACAAAAGAGGAGAUGGAUCUUAUAAAGGGAUACACCGGUGACAAGGAACUUUUGGGGAAGUGUGAACAGUUUUUUAUAGAGUUGAUGAAGGUGCCAAGGGUGGAGUCAAAAUUAAGAGUAUUUGCCUUCAAGAUUCAGUUUGGCGCCCAGCUUACGGAAUUUAAGAAGAGUUUAAACACUGUUAACUCUGCCUGUGAAGAGGUCCGACAUUCUGCUAAACUGAAGGAGAUAAUGAAGAAAAUACUCUAUUUGGGUAAUACAUUGAAUCAAGGAACAGCAAGGGGAUCUGCAGUUGGAUUCAAGUUAGAUAGCCUUUUAAAGCUCACUGACACUCGUGCUUCUAACAGUAAAAUGACACUGAUGCAUUAUCUCUGCAAGGUCCUAGCUGAAAAGUCACCCAAACUCCUUGAUUUCCACCUAGACCUUGUUAGCCUGGAAGAUUCCACUAAGAAUCCCUUUUAUUUACUCCGCAUCUCUUGGUUUCAUUUCUUAAUGUGUACAAGGCUUACAAGCUGCUAUUUGCUUGAUGCAGCAAAAAUACAAUUGAAGUCAUUAGCAGAAGAGAUGCAGGCAAUCGUCAAGGGAUUAGAAAAAGUUAAACAAGAAUUUGCUGCAUGUGCAAAUGAUGGACCUGUUUCUGCAGUUUUCCAUGAGAAAUUGAAAGAAUUUAUUGGUGUAUCUGAGUCAGAGGUAGCAUCUCUAACAAACCUAUAUGCUAUAGUGGGUAGAAAUGCUGAUGCACUUGCCCUAUAUUUUGGUGAGGAUCCUGCUCGUUGCCCUUUUGAGCAAGUUACCACAACCCUGCUAAAUUUUAUAAGGUUGUUCCGGAAAGCACAUGAAGAAAAUGGCAAACAAGCAGAGUUAGAGAAGAAGAAAGCUGAGAAAGAGGCUGAAAUGGAAAAGGCUAAGGGCGUUAACUUGACAAAAAAGGGUGCAAAAGAUAGUUGACGACUGGAUUUUCUGCUCCUUUGCAUCAAACAUCACAGUCUUGCCAAAGAGCAGGAAUGUACCCGAGCAAGGGGAGUGCUUCCGAGAUCAGUAAAGAAGCCUCUCCCUUUGAAUGAUGAUGAUGAUGAUGAUGUGGCAAUUUGCCUUUCAAGCUGAUACAUUGGCUUGGAAUGAUGAACGCCUGCAUCCUGUGGAAUUGAACAUACAACAGGCUUAGGAGAGUUGAUUCUUUGAUGGCAUGCUGUUCAAAUGGGAUUUAUGUGGCCAACUGAUAAUUUUUGUGAGAAAACCCUGCAAAUUCCCAGAUUUAGAUGCAGAGUGGAUGCUUGCUGUGAUUGUAUGCGUCCAGUGUAUACUGUAAAUGUGAUGGUUCCAGUCCCUUCUAUGUUGGUUGAAGAACAAGUUUUGUAGCAGGGCAUGUCUUAUGUUAUGGCAGUAGAACAGCCAUUGGCAUGCAUAUUUUUUGUGGCACCACAGCAGAGGCCUUUUGGAUUUGCGAAGCACCAUAGUCCAACCCCAACCGUAGUACCUUGACACCUUGUAUAAAGCUCUAUCCCUCUCCUUUAGGAUUCAAUUCUUUCUCCUGUAACAUAGAAAUUAGCUCCCUUUUUCAUAGAGAUUUUGAUAGGUACCCCCUCGAGAAAAUGUUGUAUAGCUGUCAGGUUAAGAGAGAAAAUAGAAAUCAGGUCCCUGUAUUGUAACCAAUAUUAUUCUUAAUUGUGAAUCACGAGGCUAAUUUUUUAAUUGUGAAUCAUGAAUCAUAUUCAACGAAAA